ACAGCUAUUUUGUUGCCCCUCCGGUUGUUUCUCGCCGACUUCCAAGAUGACAGAACAAUUAAGUUCACUCGUAUCCCAAAAGUCGUCCGACUCGGGCCUCCAUAUUCAACUUCACCCUUUGAUCCUCCUCACGAUCUCGGACCACAUUACUAGACAUGCCGCAAGAUUACAGCAAGGCCCAAUCCUCGGAGCUCUGCUCGGGCAACAAAACGGGCGCGAGAUAACACUAGAGCACGCUUUCGAAUGUAUUGUGGAAGAAGGUCCAAACGGCGAGCCCCAACUACCAAAUGAAUGGUUUAAUGAACGAGUCAAACAAUUCAAGGAUGUACAUAAAGUCCCUGCCCUUGAUAUUGUCGGAUGGUGGUCAACAGCUCCCCCAUCCGGUCCAGACGCAACUCAUCUCCCGAUUCAUCGCCAAAUCCUCCAAGAUCAUAACGAAUCCGCGGUAUUUCUCGCAUUCCACCCCUCUCAAGUGAAGGGCGCAUCAGCAAACGGUGAAAGCGAGAAAACGAUGCAAGUAGAUGGCGAGGAACAGUCGUUGAGCAUACGAUUCCGGGAACUGCCAUAUUUCGUCGAAACCGGGGAGGCCGAGAUGAUAGGUAUCGAUACUGUCGCUAGAACUGCGAGAAAUGCAGCCGUUGAAGGGCCGAGCGCACUCUCCGCAGCAAAAGAAGUGCUGAAGAAGAAAACCGACAAGAAGGAACAGCCGGCCGAUACUGUGGUGCUUUCGCCGGAGGAAGAAGAACUGAUCGCCAGUCUCAACACCCGGCUCAAUGCGAUCCGGACACUAGAAUCUCGAAUCUCGUUGAUAAAAUCAUACGUCGCUAGUAUAUCUCCAGCAUCUGAAGGUGGUAACCAAGGGAACACAACAUCAUCAACGGCGACUCUAUCUCACCCGAUUCUCCGCAACAUCAACUCCCUCCUUUCACACUUGUCCUUACUCUCUCCUCAAGAACAGAGUGCAUUCUCAGCUGAGGUCCUCGCUCAGAGCAACGAUGUUCACCUAGUCGCACUCCUCGGCCAACUAAGCAGCAGCAUCAACAGCAUGCGCGAACUAGGAAAGAGGACCGCUAUUCUCAACAAUGUACGAAGAACUAAUGCGAACCGAAAGACGCAAAUGUCCAUGCAAAGCCGGUUCGAGGAAGAACUUUUCGCCCGUGAUGGUAUUGCCCACGGAUAAGCGAUGGCUAGACUUAGAAUAAGUUUGUUGGCCUUAUGGCUGAUGAUGAUUAUCAACUCAAUUCCUAGGUGGUUUACAGUGGCGUUUGGUCUUAUUAGAACAGCUUAUCAUGAGGAAUGAAGACAAUAUCUUACGAG